CCCCUCCCCUCCCCCGCGAGCUGCGCACCGCCGGCCGGCUGACCCCUCGGCCCGCGCCCGCGUCCUUGUCCGUCGACCCCGCGGCGGGCUCCAGGCGGCCGACAGCAUGAGCGGCGGCGGCGACGUAGUGUGCACCGGCUGGCUGAGGAAAUCGCCCCCCGAGAAGAAGUUGAGGCGCUAUGCCUGGAAGAAACGCUGGUUUAUCCUGCGGAGUGGGCGGAUGAGCGGUGACCCAGAUGUUCUGGAAUACUACAAGAAUGAUCACUCCAAGAAGCCCCUGCGCAUCAUCAACCUGAACUUCUGCGAGCAGGUGGAUGCAGGCCUGACCUUCAACAAGAAGGAGCUGCAGGAUAGUUUUGUGUUUGACAUCAAGACCAGCGAGCGCACCUUUUACCUGGUGGCUGAGACGGAGGAGGACAUGAAUAAGUGGGUCCAGAGCAUCUGCCAGAUCUGUGGCUUCAAUCAGGCUGAGGAGAGCACAGACUCCCUGAGGAACAUUUCCUCAGCCAAUCACGGCCCCCGCUCUUCUCCAGCUGAGCUCAGCAGCUCCAAUCAGCACCUUCUCCGAGAACGAAAAUCCUCAGCCCCGUCGCACUCCAGCCAGCCAACCUUGUUCACCUUUGAACCCCCGGUGUCGAACCACGUGCAGCCCGCCUUGUCCACCAGUGCACCUCAGGAGUAUCUCUACUUGCACCAGUGCAUAAGCCGGAGAGCAGAAAACGCAAGGAGCGCCAGCUUCUCUCAGGGCACCAGGGCCUCAUUUCUCAUGAGGAGCGACACGGCCGUGCAAAAACUUGCCCAGGGCAACGGACACUGUGUCAACGGGGUCAGUGGUCAAGUCCAUGGCUUCUAUAGCCUCCCCAAGCCAAGCAGGCACAAUACAGAAUUCAGAGACAGUACCUACGACCUCCCCCGGAGCCUGGCCUCCCAUGGCCACACCAAGGGCAGCCUCACAGGCUCUGAGACAGAUAACGAGGACGUGUACACCUUCAAGAUGCCCAGCAACACCCUGUGCCGUGAGUUUGGGGACCUCCUGGUGGAUAAUAUGGAUGUUCCGGCCACCCCACUCUCAGCCUACCAGAUCCCUAGGACAUUCACACUGGACAAGAACCACAACACCAUGGCAGUCGCCGCUCCUGGGGACUCGGCCGUAGCCCCCCCGCCCCGGCCCCCCAAGCCAAGUCAGGCAGAAACACCUCGAUGGGGCAGCCCUCAGCAGAGGCCUCCAGUCGGUGACAGCAGCAGAUCGGCCUCUGCCGCUGCAACCAUCCCCAGGCGCAAUACCCUCCCAGCCAUGGACAACAGCCGACUUCACCGAGCUUCUUCCUGUGAGUCCUACGACUACCCCCAGCGUGGUGGAGACAAUGCGGGCCGGUCCACCGAGUCCAUGAGUGAUGCAGUCAGCGCUUUUCUGCCAGGGAAAACAGUUGUGGGCCGAUCGGAUAGCACCAAUUCCGAAGACAACUACGUGCCCAUGAAUCCAGGCUCCUCCACCCUGUUGGCUUUGGAGCGAGCAGGUGAUAAUUCCCAGAGUGUCUACAUCCCCAUGAGCCCAGGGCCCCAUCACUUUGACCCGCUUGGCUACCCCACCUCAGCCCUUCCUAUGCACCGAGGCUCCAGCCGAGGGAGUGAGAUCCAGCCACCCCCUGUCAACCGCAACCUCAAACCUGACCGGAAAGCAAAGCCAACACCGCUUGACCUGAGAAACAAUACCGUCAUCGAUGAGCUCCCCUUCAAGUCACCCAUCACCAAGUCCUGGUCCAGGGCCAUCCACUCCUUCAACCCGGGGUCCUCCCAGUACUGCCGCCCCAUCUCCACACAGAGCAUCACCAGCACGGACUCGGGAGACAGCGAAGAGAACUACGUCCCUAUGCAAAACCCAGUGUCUGCAUCUCCCAUCCCCAGUGGCACCAACAGUCCGGCCCCUAAGAAGAACACUGGCAGCGUGGAUUAUCUGGCCCUGGACUUCCAGCCGAGCUCCCCAAGCCCCCACCGCAAGCCAUCCACGUCAUCUGUCACUUCCGACGAGAAGGUAGACUACGUUCAGGUGGACAAGGAGAAGACCCAGGCCCUGCAGAACACCAUGCAGGAGUGGACAGACGUGCGGCAGUCCUCGGAGCCUUCCAAGGGGGCCAAGCUGUGACGCGCGGGCCGCCGCCCCAGGGAGGGGCCAGGAGGCGGCGUCUCCAGUCCAGAGCCGACGCCUCCCCGUCUGUCUCCCCCUUCUCCUCUCCAGCGCGCCCUCCUGCCCACCCCCUCUCUACUCUGCCACUCUGGCCUUCAAAGCACUUGACAUCAGGGACCCUGACCCCUUCCCCUGGCAGGUGGAGGCCAGAGUAGAGACGGAAGGAAGUACAAGAGAAGAGGAAAUUGGCCUGUUGACAGCAGAGACUGGCUCAAAAGCCCCAAGUACCAGGAGGCUCAAUGGACCAAAGAGAUGAAGUCUGAGCAUGACUCUGUCUCUGACAGACGACUGUCGGCCCACUUUCCCUGGUCCCUGAGGUCUCAAGGUCUAUGGCUUUUGGGCCAAAACUCAAAACUCCUCCACCUGCAGCCCUUGAAGCCCCCGGCCAGGCCCCUGCAGUCCCAAGCUCCAAGAUGGCUGGAACCUGAGGGCUGCUGCCUACUUUCCUCCUGGCCUGAGCCCAGCCCAGCCCAGCCCACCCCAGAUUCUCAGAGGGCUUGGAUCCGCCUCUGCUUUGUAUACUAUACUACAGAGAAACAAGAUUGUCUGAAAGGAGCUGGAAAGGAACUGCUACUUGAUGGCAAAACACCAGCGCUGUGACGUUCAGCCCUGUGGGGCAGCCUGCAGGGGGUGGGGGACAAGGCCCAGAGAGUGUCCAUCUCAGCUGCUUCAAGCUGACCAGGACACUUGGGUGUAAGUGAGUCUUAACGGGGCUGAUCCCAGUGUCGGGGCCUGAGGCCCGGUUUAAGGGGCUUGGGUCUCACCUCUGUAUCUAUCUAUCUGAGUGAGUCUCCGUGUGCCCUUCAGGCUGAGGGCAGGGGCCCAGAAGCCCCCGCUCCAUCUCUCUGGCCCUCGGAAGGGCCUGCCCUCAGGACUGGACCUGUGCAGCCUCCCUCAGGCCCCCACCUGGCCGAGCACCUCUGCCUGGGACCUGGGCCCCCCCCCCCCACUGAGGUUGCCUGUGGCACCCUCACAGGUGCUUAGCAGGCCAGGGGAUGAGGGUUCCCAUUAGAAGACCAGUCUGUGGAAGUCACCACCGCUGCCACCUGCAGGGCUGCAGCCCCCCGGAGGGCCUUCAUCCUCAUCUUUGUCUUCGUCAAAGCCCCUCCCCCAGUGCGGAGAUGUGGGGAGUGCAGAGAUGUAGGCCGCCCUGCUCCGUGCCUCCUUCUCCUGCUCCUGGAAAUAAUACAGAUGGGGAUGGGGCCGGAAGCUUAGAAGUCAAAGUAAGUCAGGCUCUGAAGCCUCAGUUCUCCCUGCACGCCCCCAAUGCCACCCAGCCCUCCCGAGCAUCACCCCGGUCCCCAGGGCCAGGCACAGAGGAGCCACAGCUUCUGCCCUAGAGGCACUCCAGCUUAGUGGGAGGAUGGGUGGGAUGGACCCAUAGCCAUCCUGUAUCUAGGCUUCCAAAGCAUUCUUCCUCCUCCCCCGAAUAAAAACUCCCAGCCCCCUGGAGGAAAGGAACUCAUUUCUACUAACUAACUAGACUGUGAACAGCUGACAAGGGCCUGACGUGGCACCAGAAAGCAGGAGGUGCAGAGACUUCAAAGGGCACCUCAUACCCCCCAGGGACCCUUCUGCAGGCUUCCUGACGUGACUGUCCAGCUUCUGCCUCUCAAGGCACGAGGAACCCUCUGCCAACGAGGAAGCUCUUCCUCCUGCUGAACUGAGGCCAGCCAUGGAUUCGCCUUCCCACGGGCCCAGCCCUGCCUCCACCUGGACAGCUCGGCAGAAACACAAAAGCAGAGCCAGGGUCCCCACAGCACGCAGGUGCUGCUGGCCAGGGGUCCUGACGUGACCACACCGGCUGUUUGUUUGUGGUGGCACUCCUCGUGCUGGUCCACGCACUGGCUGUUUCAGCUGCAAAGUAUUUUGCUACCACCCUUGACUCUACAGAGUGGAGUCGAAGGCUCAGUGAGAGAGGAGGCUCACUGAGUCGGGCGGCCCCCCCCCCCAAUCCGCUCGUAUCCACUACUCACUCACAGAGCCCCC